AUGUUUUCGCUCGACAUGUCCGCGAACGAAGAACGGUUAGUAUCGACACUGACCAGGUCGAGCGCCGUCCCGCUGUCGGGCCCUGACACGGAUGCAUCGGCACCAUCUGCCUCAGACCAUGCCCCCCAAAUCGCCAAAUCCGGAAGGCGACAACGCGCAGCCGAAUCGAAGAACAAAUCCUCCAAGAAUCAACACUUCUACUUCGUUGAUCAGAACUCGUCAUCCAAAGAAAAGCGCGCUCAUGUUAUGCGCCACCAUGUGCAGGAAAAAAGGAAAAAGCGCAAGAUGUCGGGCACACUCUCGACAGAGCAAAUCCCAGACCAUAGCUCAUAUCCACCGAAGAAAGAGGGAACUGUCGAAGAGACUCGACUGGAGUCGCCCCCGACAGCUGUACAAAACUUCCCCAAUGGGGAAACUUCGCUUCAAAUCAGAUACUCAAAUAUGAAGUCGGAACCUCAUACAUCCACGCUACCAUACAUUGGCUCCCCAAUCACGAUACUCGAUGCUUCGCGAAGGGAUCCGUUUGCCAGCCUCCCAAUCCAAUACGACAGCACUGAUAUUGAGUUGGCCGACUAUUGGAGGAACAAGUUGACUUAUUGGUCCGGACAAAACCUUCAUGUGAAAAACCAGAUUUUCCGCACGGCUAUGGGAAACCCUCUUUCAUUCAAGGCAGUAGUGCUGUCCUACUGCGCACGGUGGAAAGCACAACUAUACGAUAUGUCUGACAGCACCGAAAUUCAAUGCCAUGCUGGUCAAGCCGCGAAACUCAUUGAUGAAGCUACCUCGGGCUCGGCGCUAGUCAGAGUGGACGAUCUUGCAAUGGCUUUGGGUGGAAUGGCCUUGCACGAAGGACGCUUCGGGAACAAGCAACUGGCCCAGAUAUAUGUUGACCGUGCGGUCCAGGCCAUCCGACCACGAACAGGAACCAACAGGCCCGUGGAAGUAUUUAUCCACUACAUCCGAUAUCUUAUGAUGCCAGAAGGCCCGGGGACCAGUUUGGCUGAACAACAAUGGCUGCUCAUCUUUCUCCGCGGAGCCGAAGACCUCAUGCGGCAACACAGCUCCCCGGAAUACCUCCUUCAAGCGCCCAACAGACUCAAAGCAUUCCAGAUGGAGAGUCCUUUAUUUACCCUGCUUUCUAGUGGACCGCGGCCGUCUCAAGUGCCGUAUGAGUCGCGUGUAUAUGUGGUCCGUGAUGCGCAUACCCAAGAGGUCAGCCGAACGGCGGCGCUUAUCUAUAUUACGGCUGCACUGUGGGAUUUCCAGGGGUCCCCAGAUAAGACCGACCGAUUCCUUCACUAUCUAUGUACGGCGGCCAAACAGCACCAUCUCGAUCGUGAUCCAGCUUGUGAAACCCUUCUGUGGUUGCUGCUGGAGGAAGGACAUGAUUUCGAUUUACAAGACCCCGAACGUGGAUGGUCCACUGGCGAGCUACUCAAGGCACACAAACAGCUACGACCGGACCUCCAGUUCCAUUUUAAUGAGAUUCUCAUGAAUUUCUUAUCUUUUCAGAUACCUAUUCGCGGGGUCACUGCAUUUGAAGAGGAGCUUCGACAUGCAUAUAAUCAAUGA